CUGCAUCGUGAUUUUACAACAUCUCUCUGUAUUUUGGUGAUUUUUGACCAAGAACAACAAGUGUGACUUUUUUACGACCAUUAACAUUAUUGCGACUGCCUUAAAACUCAGACCAGAGGGUUAAUAAUGUGAGAUAAAGAGGAGACCAAGGAGAAGAUUGAACUCGCUCUGCUCAAGUGAUUGCGACGCCCCUGUGAACGCGCGUUCAUCUCGAGCGCCGCCGCGCAGCCUCGCGCAGACCUCUGAUGACAAGCACAAGUGCACAGAGGUGGCGAUGGGAAGCACAGAUCCUGGACUUUGUGCGGGCCAUGGCGUGACGGUUUGAGGGUAGAACAAGGCUCCAGGUGGGCUAAUGUAUGAUCAGUAACCCUCUCGCUUUGAGCUCCCUCCACUGAGACUAUGAGGCAAGCAGUAACCGCCACUCUGUCUGUGUGGAGCGAGAGGCGUUUCGGAUACUCCACCCUGAAGGACUCCAGUGAGUCGCUGCUGGACGAGCGCAAGCUGAGGCCUGGUCUAAAAGAGGACUCUGUCAUUGAAGAGAAAGAGCGGGCAGAGAAUGAGCAGGAGCAGCUGGAGGCUGUGCUGGGACUUCCAUCGUCUCCUGUGGAGGACACCCACAUAACGGACAGCCCAGGGCCCUUGGACCACCCGCUAGACUGCAAGAAGAGUGGUGAGAUGGAAGCGUCACUAGUAUCUGGCAGGAAGAGGGGUUCACUUGGUGCUUUGCCCAUGCAGCGCUGCAGUUCCCUGGGCACUACGGCCCCGCAGUGGGUCCCUGAUUCUCAGGCACCAGCGUGCAUGAAAUGUGGAUCCAAAUUCUCCUUCACCAAAAGACGCCAUCACUGCAGAGCGUGUGGGAAGGUGUUUUGUGUGGUGUGCUGUGACCUGAGAUUCAGACUGACUCAUCUCGGUGGGAAAGAGGGGCGUGUGUGUGUCACCUGUCAUUCAGCUUUGAUGAGCCGGACGCUUCGCAAGGACCAGAAGAAGGUCUGGUUUGCAGAUAAUCUCCUUCCUCAGUCUGAGAGUAGAAGUGCCAACAGCUCUCCCGUUUACAGGAGCGUGUCCCACACAGAGAGGGCUGAGCUCGCCCAGGCGGAAGUGUCUGACCUUAGUGGAGAUGAAGUCAGUGGUCUUAGUGGCAACUCUACAAAACCCGCUCCACCGAAGGACCUUCCCCCUAUUCUGACAUCUACAGGGGUCAAAGGAGACUACACUUUGGAGGAGAAGAGAACAGAGUCGUCGCUCUUAGAGGAGUUGGAGAGAGGUCUUGCUGAGCCUCUGGUGUUUGUGCUCAACGCAAACCUGCUGGCUGUGGUGAAGAUUGUCAGCUAUGUGAACCGGCGGUGUUGGUGUGUUAUGUCGAAGGGCAUGCACGCUGUUGGACAGCCAGAGGUGGUCAUUUUACUGCAGUGUUUGCCUGAGGAGAAGAGAUUCCCGACGGAUAUUUUCAAUCAUUUCAUUCAGAUCUACUGGGAUGCCCAGACAGCAGCAGGAAAGCUUCUGAAUCACCUGAGUCACUCUUUGGUAUCCCGAGGCUUUCUGGGUAAUAACGAGCAUGCUGGCUUUCUUUACGUGCGUCCGACGUUCCAGUCUCUGGAGGGCCUGCCGUUACCUGCGCCGCCCUUCCUGUUCGGGCUCCUCAUGCUCCGCGCAGAGGCUCCAUGGGCCAGAGCCUUUCCCCUGAGACUCAUGCUGCGUUUAGGAGCGGAGUACAGAUUCUAUCCCUGUCCCUUGUUCAGUGUGCGCUUCAGAGAGCCUCUCUUUGGACCCGUCAACAACAGCAUUAUGAGACUCUUAGUGGAUUUCCGUUUUUACCGUUACACACUGCCGACGGUGCCGGGGCUCGUGGUCGAUCUAGAGGCUAGAAGCACCUGUAUAAGAAUCCCUAAAACACGUCAUCCAGAGCUGCUGAAGGCUCUGAAUAAGUCUAAUGAGAGAGUGCUGGCCCUGGGCUCCUGCUUUAAUGAGCAGGCCGACUCUCAUCUGAUUUGCGUGCAGACGGAAGAUGGACAGUACCAGACCCAGGCCAUCAGCAUUCACAGCCAGCCUCGCAGAGUCACGGGCUCAUGUUUUUUUGUGUUCAGUGGAGCGCUCAAGCCUUCAUCGGGGUACUUGGCCAAGUCCAGCAUUGUGGAAGAUGGUUUGAUGGUGCAGGUAACCAUGGAGACCAUGGCUGAGUUGCGUCGGUCUCUACGGGAAAUGAAAGACUUCACGGUCACCUGUGGAAAACUCCACCCAGCAGAGAGGCAGGAAUGUGUGCACAUUCAAUGGCAGGACGAAGAGCCAUGCUUUAAUAAAGGCAUCAUAAGCCCCAUCGAUGGCAAGUCUAUGGAGUCUCUCACGAACAGCAAGACCCAUCAGCGCUUAGAAUACAGAGCCAGUGGGAAGCUCAUACGCUGGACAGAGGUCUUUUAUUUGCUCAAAGACCAGCCUCCAAAUGGUCUUAAUAACCACACCAGUCAUAACCGUCUAACCGAGCGUCUUGCGCGGGCUUUCUGCCUGGCACUGUGUCAGUCUCUGUGUUUGCUGAAGGAGGAUGGCAUGACCAAACUGGCACUGAGGGUCAUCCUGGACGGGCAGAAGAUGGAGUUUUUGGCGGGCAGUAAUGGUCAGCGCCUUCCAGCACCGUACCAGGACUGUCUUAACCAAUCAUUAACGUCCGUGGUGCAGAGUAACUCUCAGUACCAGGGUCUCGCCGCCUGCCAGCUGGAGCUCAUCUUCUAUAUUCUGGAGGACACGUCAUAGAGACGAACCACCCACUGUCACAUGUGCCAACACUCCCAGAAACCUCAUGAGUUCAGUAUCAUCUGAGAGUGGAAUGUAGUAGACGUCCCCAUGGGGCAAGCUUAUUUCAGUAGUUUAGUUGAUUCCCUACUGCUCACUGUGAUAGAGUCUGGGGUCACAACAUCAAAUCACUUUAAAAACUACUACAGUUCUCAGUCAGCACUCGAGGCUGAUCGGUGUCUAGUUUUUGCUGAUCAAUCAACACUAGUAACAGCUCUUGAAACUAUUGAAUAAUGGCAAAAAUUAACACUUAUGGAAGCCCUUUUCUGCCUCUGAGUAAAAAAAAAAAAAACGUAAUUUAUGGUAUUACUUGUAAUUGCAAUUUUAUAUCUCAUAACCGGAAUUUUCUUGUAAUUGUGACUAUUUCACUCAAUUGCACUUCUAAUCUCACAUAUGCAACAUUUCUCAUGUUUCUCAUGACCAGUUAUCAUAAUUGUGACUUCAUAUCUUGUAAUUUCACACUUUUUAUUACUCAUAAUUGCAACUUUAUUUCCACCUCAGACUUAAAAAAUUAUGUAAAUAAUAAAGUUACUUUAUUUCUUGUAAUAGAUAAUUCUAUUAAUUUAUAUCUCACAGCUGCAAUUUACUUGUAAUUGUUAAUACAUAUCCCAAUGUGAUUUUUUUCCCUUAAGUAUUUUCCUCUGAAUUACGGUUUUUAUUUUUUAACUCUGAGGCAGAAACAACAUCCAGUUGUUUUAGGGAUCGACCCAAGCUUCUAGCAGUUAAAGCUUGGUAAAAACAGAGCCUGCCACAGGUGAACUCUUACAUUAACUUAACCUUCUGAAAUGCAGUACUGACUUUGACGAGUCAGUAAUUAAAGUUACACAUUCACAAGAUUUAAAGGGAUACUUCACCCAAAAAUGAAAAUUUUGAUUUCUUUGGUACUGGUACCAACAAAAACCAUUAUCAUUCGACCUCUAGUCAUCGCCAACAGUUCAUCUGUGACAAAUUGUAGUCUGGACUCCCUCUGUAGACCUUGACAGGAUUUGAAACAUGCUGACCAGUACUGAUAAAUGAGGACCAAAGUGAGCGAAUGAGUUUUAUUAGCAUGACGUGAUUUUGGAGACUCAGUUCCUUCUAGUCUUCCACAUGUAGAACUCAUUGUAGCCAUGGCGAUCUCUGUUGUACUUUCUGAAAGAGGCGUGAGGAUGACUUCCUUCUGAGUCACUGUACAAAUCCCAUGCAACGCCCUGUUCUCCCAGCUUGCAGAGAGGAGCGCCCUGACGUCUGCCCUACAUAUACGCACACCUGCCUGGAAAAAAAGCUCUAGGAAUUCAGCCAAACAAAGGCGAUGCUUGGAUAAAUAGGAGCGCAAAUAUACGCACAAACUCUCGUGCACUGUGAGCUAAAAGUCAUUUGUUCCUCUGUGACCUCGUUGAACUUUCUUCUGGCCUUCUUUUAUCCCUCACACACACACACUUACAGCGUAGGAUGCUUGCUCAUCUGGCCUUCCUCUGUUGCUUUUCAGGAACUGAAAGGACUUUUUGUUUACAUUCACCAUGCUGCACAUUCUCGAGACGACAAAAUGCAGAUUGUGAAGGAGAAAUGCAGCAUGCGCACACUGCGUUUCUUUAUAAACCGCAUCCGAUGGAAGCCCGACUGUACUCUUGCAUUCUUUUAGAUUUAAAAAAAAAUAAUAAUAUUUUAAUAUGUCAAGCAUUUGCAUUGGAAUGUGAGCUGGAAUUGUAGGUCAAAUGACUUGCACUGAUUUUAUUCAAUAAGGAACUACAAUGUGCCAUCAAACCGCAUAACUUAUGUGAAAUAAACAGAUAACUGUAUUUUAAAAUUGAA